UGAGUUUGUAAGGGAGUAGAUGUGGGGUCCCCCUCUUCCCAUGUGGCUAAUCUCAUCUUGUCUAAUGCUCUUUCAUUUUCUUUUUUAAUUUUCUUUUACAUCUCAUCAUCAUACUUCAUUAUUCAAUUAUUCCACUCCUAUAAAAUUGCAAAUCCAAACAUAGUUUAGGGUUUCCUUUCCUUCCAAAUUUUCAUCAUCAUAAUUUCUCCCAAAUCUUCAAUUUUUGUGGGUUUAUGGACAUCUAAAAGAUUAUGGGUUGAUUUGAAAAUGAUAGUGCUGGAAUGAUAGUUUAUUGUUCUUGAUCUUGAUCUAAAAAAAAGGACCCUUUUUUCCCUAGACUUAAUGGAUUUGGAAAGGGAAAAUUCUGCUAAUGAAUCUGUUGAAGACAAUGAAUUAAACACCAAUCAAUAUAGUGUUUCAAGUCUUGAUCAUAAUGAUACUAGUAACAAGGUUAAGAUUAACGGGUCGUAUUCGGAAGAGGAUCGUGGCGUAGAUGCUAGCAGAAUUGUUGAUACUAAUGCUUCCUCUAUUGAUGGAGAAGUUAGAGAAGGAAUAGGAAUUGAGCAGGGGGUGGAUUUGGAGAAUUCGAAGCCUUUAUCAGCUAAAUCUACAGAGGAGGAGUCGCCUCCUUUGAAAGGAUAUGGAUUGAGAAAGUGGAGGCGUAUUAGGAGAGAUGUUGUUAAGGAUGCUAGUGCAAAUGGGGAUCACGGUAAAGUUUUGAAAAGAGGAUUGUCUAUUUCUGGAAAUCCAAGCAGAGCAAGGAAUUUAAUGUCAGCUUCUGAUGUCGUACAGAAUAGUGAGGGUUCUGUUGGAUCAACUAACUUAUUGAAAAACUUGGGUGUUCUUGAUGGCUCUCUGAUUUCAGAGUCUAAUUUGGAAUCUAGAUUUGCUGUUGGGUCUGGUUUUGCUGCAGGUGAAGAUUCCGAGAAUAGUGAAGAUCGAAGUAGCAGGUCGUCCACAGCAGCCAGUGCUCCAAGGUUGAAGUAUGAUACCCCUGCAGUUUUGGAGUUUGUGCGGGAGAAGAAUAGGGUCAAGAAUUUGAGUGGGAAGAAUACUGGUAGCUCGACUCAACGAGUCCAACAAGGAAAAGGACGGGCUGAAAGCAGUAAGAAGCAUAGAGGAGAAAGGGUCAAAAUCGAGAAGGAAAACUCUCAUUCCAGCAUGGAAUCUGACUCAAGAAGCUCCAACUUUGUCUUUUUGCAGGGUGCUGGUUCUGUGACAAGUAACGGAAAUCAAAGCGAAAUGGCAAUGUUUUAUGAUGGGGAAAACAGUGAUGAUGCCCAUGCUGGGGAGCAACAUUUUGGUGUUGGGCAAGUGAAUGCAGGAGAAGAUGGAGAUGGUUCUCAAGAUGAUUUAGCUGCUGAUGCUUCUUGGGAGGGUAAGGAUGAGAAAAGCAACAGCCAUCGGUCGUCAAAAGAUCGCGAUCCUUUGGUUGAGUCUAUCCUUACUCUCCAAUCAGUACAGGAAGCCCUUGAAAGUGAGGUUAAAAAAUUAGGGGAAAUUGGGAAGGCUAGCAAAGAUGAAGUAGAUACCAUUCACGGACUCCAUGAAUCGAGUUUGUCUGAACAGUUUGAUUCAGAAAAUAUCAGACAACCAAAUCUGUUGGAGUCUCAAGUGUCAAGCUUGACAGAAAAUGUACAAUAUCUCGAAAUUAGAUUGGAGGAGGCAGAGGCUAAGCUCAAAGCAAAACAGUCCAUUGUUGCAGAACUCGAGAAUAGCUUGAUCAAUGGCAAGUCAGCGAGGCAAGAAUCAGAAAGCACCAUAGAGCCGCAGCAGGAGAAAUCUAGAGAAAUUGAAAAAACCGAGCUUGAAAGCAUUUACAAGAAAAAGGUCGAGGCCGAAAUUGAGUAUCUGACACUAACAAAGACAAUACAAAAGAUGAGAGUUGCCUCGGGUGAUCAAAUGAGACUGUACGAACAGCAAGAAAGUCUGGCUGGCGAACAAGCCAAGAUGCUGGACAAAAUUGGAGAUACGGAGAGGAAGGCGUCAAUGCUCAUGAAACAAACGGCGGAAAUGGAAAAAUAUCGAGGGGAUAUUUUAGGGACGGAAGAGGUGUUGAAGAUGCAGAGGCGAGUAUGUAAAGUUACUUCAUGUUUUUUUGUGCAGCUGGUUUUGCUUAUGUUGGUCUUGUUGUUAGUGUUGCAGUUAUCACCCCAAUCUGGGGUGGUUGUGCCUACUUAAUUAUUAUAGAAUUAUAGGUCUUUUUUGUCCAUUUUCUAUUUUUUGUAGGCAAAGAUACGAAGGUUAAAUUUUGAUGUUAGAACUACUUUUUCUUUUUUGGUUCUCUUCUUUCUGGAUAACAUGGAGUUGUAACAAAGUUUUCAGAUUUUGUCA